CUGUAUAUCCUUUGCCUAAAGGCUACAAUGGAUUUUUCAAUUUGACUUGGACAUAUAAACUAGAUUCGGAUGCCAUUUGGUGAUUUUUAAUAAUACGAAACAAAAAAGGUGAAAUAAUUGGACCGUCAAGAAAAAAUAUUAAAUGGAUAGAUUUCAAAGACAUGAAACCGGCGAAUGAAGAAAUAAAACGCAAAUUGCUGAAGAAAAACAAAGCUGUAGCUUGGUUUGUGUCUCAUUGCGAUACACCGAGCAGACGUGAGGAGUUAGCCAAAGACCUAAAUGAAGAAUUAAGAAAAUAUAAUCUUAAAGUUGAUUUUUAUGGGCAGUGUUACAACCCUUCGUGUGAAGGAGAGUGUGGGAAAACUGAAGGAGAUAAAUGUUUUGCAAUAAUAGAAUCUGAUUAUUAUUUUUAUUUGUCGUUUGAGAAUUCAAUGUGCGAAGAUUAUGUGACGGAAAAGAUAUUAAUAGCCACAAAACACUAUGCAGUGCCGAUUAUUAAUGGUGGUGCAGAUUAUAACAGAUUUUUACCACCUGGAUCAUAUUUGGAUGUAAAUUCUUUAGGACAUGGAGCUUUGGCAGCAAUUAUAAACGAUACAAUUGCAAACAAAGAGAAAUACUAUGACUAUUUCAAAUGGCAUAAUCAUUAUAGUAUCCACGCCUCGAAUGAGAGUGCAGACAGCGACGAAAUCUGUGCAUUUUGUGCUUUUCUCAAUGAUGAAAAACAUUCAUAUACAAGAAGCGUGUACACACACUUAAGUGUCUUUUGGAAGUAUUAUUACUGAAUGUGUUCCAAACCUU